AAGAGAUGGUGAAUAAUAAAAAAAUAAUACAGUUCAAGAUAUAUAUUUCAUUGCUUUAAGAUUUUUCAAAUAAAGUUAGUAUCCAAGUUAUCCAAUCUGAAAGCAAAGAAAUAAAGAUGAGGAUCCACAUAUAUGCUUUUAUAUGCUACAUGGCAACUACUAUAAACGGUGUGGAACAUGGCAAGAAUUUCGUCUGUUAUUUCACAAACUGGGCUCAGUACAGGCCGGGUGAAGCAAAGUUCGAUGUAUCAGAUGUGGAUCCAUUCUUAUGUACUCACAUCGUUUAUUCAUUCGUGACAAUGGACAGUGAUCUUGAGUUGGCGCUGCGAGAAUGGAAUGGCAUGGAUUUGAUAAACGCGCUUAUGGCAUUGAAAAAUCAGAAUGAAGCAUUGAAGAUAACAGCAGCAAUAGGGGGUUGGAAAUUCGGAACUACAAAAUUUUCUCAAGUUGUGUCGACUCCGGAAAAAAUUAAGAAAUUCGCAACAACAAGUUUGGCGUUUUUAAAGAAGUACGGAUUCGAUGGACUUGAUUUGGACUGGGAAUAUCCCGGAAGUAGAGAAUCCACCGCUGUAGAUAAGGAGAGAUUUACUCAGCUGUGCGAGAUAUUAAAAGAUACCUUCAGGAAGGAUGCCAUCGCCACCGGCGAAGUGGAGCUUUUGCUGACAGCCGCAGUUCCUGCCGGAAAAACGACUAUCGAAAAUGGUUACGAAAUAAAUGAAGUUUGCAAGCAUCUAGACUUGGUUCAUCUGAUGACUUACGAUUUGCAUGGUGGUUGGGCUGAUGUAACCGAUCACAACAGUCCAUUGUAUGGAGGAUCAGUUGAAUACGACGGAGAUGAAAAGUAUCAUAACGUCGAUUUUGCGGUGAAUAAAUGGCUUGAUGGAGGAUGUCCAAAAGAAAAACUUGUCAUGGGAAUACCAACAUACGGAAGAUCAUUUAAAUUAGCGGACAAAUCUCAAACUGGAUAUGGAUCAAGAGCACUUGGUGCCGGAAAUAAAGGAAAGUACACUAGAGAAGAUGGAUUUCUUGCUUAUUAUGAGAUCUGCAACUUGGUUGAUGAUGACACAGAAUUAAUAUGGGAUGAUCAUGCUCAAGCUCCUUACAUUGUAGUUGGUGACCAAUGGAUCGGUUUUGACGACGAGGAAUCAGUAAAGAAAAAGGUUGAAUAUCUGAAUAAAAAAGGUCUUGCUGGAGCGAUGAUUUGGGCCCUUGAUCUGGAUGACUUUGAUGGAAAAUUGUGUUCUGGAGACAACAGAAAAUAUCCAUUAUCAAAUGCAAUCAAGGAAGAACUGAACAAAGACAAAAAUGUAUCGUCAACACCUACAGAAGAAAAUGAUGUCGCCGAGCCUUGCAUGGGUCCCGACUGCUAUUCUUCCUGCAACACUCGCGAACCAGAUGAGACGGAUUGCCAGUGUUUUUACAAAUGCAUAUCUGGGACACGAUCUCCAGCUUGCUGUACGUCUGGCCUGUUGUUCAAUCGACAAGAAGGAAUGUGUGAUUAUCCAUCAAAUACCGACUGCGCUCAACCCGACGAAAUACCCGAGACUGGGACCGCAACUUCAUCUACAGCAUCUUCUACCAUGAGUUCAACAGAGCAAAUACCUGUAACGGAAAUACCUUUAUCAUCAACUGUUUCAACAAAUCCGUCUUCUGAUUCUGAUGUAUUACCCUAUUCAACUACUACAAUUACUGCUGGUGAAGAGUUCUCGUGUAAAGGAAGAAAUGGAUAUUUCGGAGACCCCGUCAACCCACACAUCUAUCACGAAUGUUCUAUUGGGCAUCAUAAAGCUACUUUAGAGUGUCCAAAAGGUGCGGUCUUUCGUGGAACCUUUUGCACAUGGAACAGAAAAUAGCAUUUCUAUGAUAAGCUCAGUCCAUAUAGGCGGCAUCUAUCCCAAUACUACUUUUUGAAUAUCAUUGCACGAACUUUGAUUUGUACCAAAUUUGAAAAUUUUCUACCAGUCAAUUUUCUAACUCUUUUUCUUGUCACACGUGGACGCUGUUAGUUGUAUUGUCACAACAAGACGAUUAACGAUAUAUUUUUGUUUUGGUAAUAGAAAACACUGACUGACUGUGUCACUCGGUAAAUAGCAAUUUUUGGAUGUGAAUUUUUUUUUAUCUAUCAAUAUUAUCGUUGAAUCUUUACCGCUCGACAACUGCCAUAGUUGCGUUUGCUUGCGUUGACUUGGAUUUCUAUAUUGUUGUAUUAUUGGUUCCGCUGUUUUGAAAAUAUGACAUCACAAAAAUAAAUAUUUGCUUCAACGAACUGAAUUUAUGUAUUGUAUAAGUGAUGAUGUCAUAAUCGGAGUGCAUGUAAGUGACUGAUUAGUCGACAUUUUUUUUCAAAUUAAAUGUUCUCUGCACCUUUCCCCAGUAUUUUACUUCUUAUUCCACAUUUUAUAGCUUUGUGAAUAUUUAAUCGUAUAUCUCACUAAUAUCCGAAAUAUAAUAAUUUAUACUCUG